AAAUAUAAUAUAAAUAUAAGUGUUGAUAACUGUAUAAGAGAUAGUUUUAUCAACAUCAUACGUUUUAUAAACUUAACUAAGAACGGAGCGUGAAUUAAAUUGUAAAAAGGAUCAAAGAAAGUAUAUUAUACAAAAUAUUACGAUAGAUAUGUAUAUCUACUUGACAAAUUGUUCCAUCUACGCUUCUCUCUCUCUCUCUCUCUGAAAGAUAAUUAUUUUUAAUAUACCUUCGAUAUGUGACGAACUAAUCAUUAUAUACUUGGCUAUAAAAACGACUCUAAAACUUCUCAAGGUGCUCCUUUAAAGAGCCUAUUUGCUGUCGCGCAGUGCAACAAUCGUUUUUAUAAACAAACAUCUGUGAUCAGCUUCUAUUUUUAAGCACAAACGUAUUUAUUUUCUAAUUGGCGUUACUUUAUUCUAAUGUUUACAUUCAAACCUCACACUUGUCUCAUUUAUUUUUAUUUCAUAAUAAAUUAUCUAUUAAUCUGUCAUGCAAACGAUCGACAGAUUCUUUUCAAAAAAUUACUUAUUAUUAUUAUAUUGUUUUUCUUAAAUUGUGAUAUCUAGAUGGCACUGUAAGACAGUCUUGGUGCAGCAUCGUAACAGUGCACUCGAUAAUUGCAUACUGUAAGAGGAGUACUCUAUCUUAUUGUUCGAGUCAGUCUAGGUUGUUCCUUGGGGUGAACGAUGCAUUCAAGAAUGAAUCAAAAUCCAAAUAAUAGAAUAGAAAAAGCAAAAAUGGUGGAAGUACUGUUAGAAGCGGGCGGACAAGAAGUGGUCGUCCCAAAAAGCGUUUCGAGAGCAGACACGCCAACGGAAUAUGCGCCUACGGAUAUGCAAUCGUCCACCGAGCUCGUCGAGAAGCUAACAUCCAUUCAGGAGUUCUACGACGGUCAAAGCGUAUUCCUAACCGGGGGAACAGGAUUUCUAGGCAAAUUAUUAAUCGAGAAGUUAUUAAGGGGAUGCCCCGGCAUCAAUUGCAUUUACAUUUUGGUACGUUCGAAGAAAGACAAGGACGUGAUUCAACGAACCGAGGAACUCAUAGACGAUGUGUUAUUUAGUAAAGUGAAAGAGAUGCAACCAAAAUUCAGUCAUAGGAUAGUCGCGAUCGAGGGCGACUGCAUGUUGCCGAAUCUUGGCAUAUCGAUGAUCGACAGAGCUACUCUCAUACGCGAGGUCUCGAUCAUUUUUCACGUCGCCGCGACCGUCAAGUUCAACGAGAAAAUUAAAACGGCAGUAGCUAUCAACGUUAGAAGUCUCAAAGAUUUGAUAAGCUUGUCUAAGGAAAUGCCGAAAUUGAAGAGUUUUGUCCAUGUGUCGACGGCUUUUGCUAAUUGUCUCGAGAAUCCGAUCGAGGAAAAGUUUUACGAUCCGCCAAUAGAUUCCGACAAGUUGAUCAACUUGAUAGACUGCUUGGAGGAGAAAAUGCUCGACGAUAUUACCCCUCAAUUACUUGGAAAAUGGCCAAAUACUUACGUUUACACUAAAUCAGUUGCCGAAAAUGUGGUGAAAAAGGUGAUUGACACGAUGCCGAUUGGAAUAUUUCGUCCAGCAAUUGUGAUAUCUACUUAUCGAGAACCUAUUCGGGGAUGGGUUGAUAACAUGUACGGACCGAUAGGAAUAACGGCAGGUGCUGGAUUGGGAUUAAUAAGAUCCCAUUAUUGCGACGGAUCGAUAAAAGUCAACGUGGUACCCGGAGAUUUGACGAUAAAUGCGUUAAUCGCUAGUGCCUGGGACAUUGCUAAUAGUUCAAGGUAACGUCAAGUCGAUAGUUUAACAUAUUUCAUUACUCCUUAAUUUACUCCUUUCAGAUCCAACCAAGAUAUUCCCAUUUACAAUUACGUAUCUAUAGAUAAUCCGAUCACUUACGACGAACUGAAAAACAUGUCGUCCAAGUACGGAUUAUUAACACCGACUAUGGAAUCCAUUGGGUAUUAUAGUUUUCGAAAUAAUAAAUAUCGGCUGGUCCAUCUCUUCUACGUUUAUUUUGCACAUUUAUUGCCAGCUCUUAUAAUCGAUACAGUUGCCCUGUGCGUGGGCAAACAGCCAAAGUUUCUCAAAAUAUAUAAUAAAAUUCACAAAUUUAUGGACAUACUUAGUCACUUUAGUACGAUCGAAUGGAAUUUUACGAACUGCAGAUUGAAUAGACUUACCAACAAGUUAUCGAUCGAAGAUCAUGAAUUGUUCUUUUGUAAUAUGAAAGAACUCGUUUGGGAUACCUUCUUUCAAACCUAUCUCCUUGGAAUAAGAAUAUAUGUCUUAAAGGAUCCCAUUGAAACGAUCCCACAAGCUCGCAUAAGAUGGCAAAGGUUAUAUUGGAUCCAUCAAGGCUUGAAACUUUUCAUCCUGUGCAUCUUUUUUAUCGUCACGUGGGCUAUACUUUCUAAACUAUUUGUAGCUUUAGGAUACGCUGAAGGAAAGAUGAGCACGAUACUAACUCAUUUGGGCGAGACAAAUAAUAAUAAUAAUAAUAAUAAUAAUAUCUUGGACGAUGUUUUCGAUGAAAAACAACGACGAGGAACACCGAUUCAAGAAUUUUACAUGGAACAAAAGAUAUUGAUAACGGGCGGAACAGGUUUUUUAGGAAAAAUCUUGAUAGAGAAACUUUUACGCAGUUGCCCUGGCAUCGCGUUCCUUUAUUUACUGAUACGAUCGAAAAAAGAAAAAGAUGCGGAAGCUAGGAUAGAAGAACUAUUCGAAGACUGCGUAUUCGAUCGAAUGAAGAAAGAGGUCCCAAAGUAUCGGGAUAAAAUCGUGGCUGUAUGCGGAGAUUGCGGCGUAGAAGAAUUAGGACUUUCGACUAAAGACCGUCAAAUGCUCGAAAAUGAGGUGUCGAUAGUCUUUCACGUAGCAGCGACGGUCCGAUUCAAUGAGAAACUGAAGCUCGCAACCGUGAUAAACGUUCGAAGUACCAAUGAUCUUUUGGAAAUGUGCAAGUCUAUGCCAAAACUGAAGGCAUUGGUUCAUGUAUCCACAGCCUAUGCGAAUUGCUUCGAAAAACAAAUCGAAGAACGCUUCUACAAAUAUUCCGUUCAUCACGAAGAACUCAUGAGAUUAACGGAAAUAUUGUCGGAAGAAGAACUCGAGAAUAAGUUUCAGAGCGUGACAAGCAAAUGGCCAAAUAUGUAUACGUUUACGAAAGCUAUGGCGGAAAGUCUGAUAAAAGAGAAGCACGGAAAUCUACCAAUAGGAAUAGUUCGACCUGCCAUAGUUAUAUCGACGGCGUACGAACCUGUCGAAGGAUGGCUAGACAACGUCUACGGACCAAACGGGAUAGCCGCUGCCGUUUCGAGCGGUAUUUUAAGGGUCAUGUACUGUGACGCUAAUAAUAUCGCUGAUAUAAUACCCGUCGAUAUUACCGUCAAUGCCAUUAUCGCAUCCGCAUGGGACAUUUACUUGCACGAUAAUAGAAAAGGAGACAACAUGCUCAUCUAUAAUGUCGUAGCAUCGGCUGAAGCACCGCUAACAUGGGACCAAUAUAAUAAAUUUUGUUAUCCUUAUAUUUGUCAAUAUCCCUCGAGCAAUAUCAUAUGGUAUCCAACUAUAGUAACAACCAAAAAUAAGUUCUUAUAUAAAAUCUUAUCUUUGAUUUUUCACACGGUACCCGCGUCUCUCAUUGAUAUCGCUCUAUUUUGUUUUGGCAAGAAGCCGAGAAUGCGGAAAACAAUUAACAAAAUUACCAAUUUCGUUGAGAUAUUAUCAUUCUUCAGUACCAGAAAUUGGAAAUUUGUUAACGACAAUGUACAAAAUAUGUGGGGAAGACUACAUUCGAAAGAUCAACAACUUUUUAGAUUUAGUAUGGCCAAUUUUGACUGGCAGGAAUAUUUACAUAAAUAUAUGAAAGGAGUACGCACUUAUAUAUUUAAGGAAAAUAAAGAUACCUUAGAGAGAAGUAAAUUAAAAUUUAAAAGGUUGUACUGGAUACAUCAAAUUUUCAAAAUACUCCUCUAUUUAGGGGGUUUCUGGACAAUUUUUAAAAUAUUAUUAAAAAUAUCUUCUUAACCCAGGUACACGUGGUCCGAUCGCGUGUUUUCGCAUUCUCAUGGAUAAGCGUGCAAUUUAGUAUUAUAAUUUAUUUUAUAAAUAUUUCUUUUCAAGAAUGCCAAAGUAAAAAUACGCGAAAACAAAUAAAAUAUAUAAUUAUUAAAAUUCUUCAACCAUAUCAUUUUCGUUUGUUCGACGAUAUUAAUUGACGAUAUGAAUUGACUCGAGCAAACUCCUAACAGUAUCUUAUUCGAUCUUUAUCAGAAAUCUACUAUCUCUAUUUAUACUAUUCUGGCAAUAUACAUAGAAACUUUUGUAAAUAUACGUAUUUAUAAAAAUCUGACAACUUUGUCAAAAUACUUACAAUGCUUUAUAUAUAAUACAUAUUUUAACAUAUGAUUUUAUAUCACUAGCGGCACAAUAAUACCGACCGUGUGAUAAUAUUAAUUCUUAAUACUUUUAAAUAAAAUACUAUAUACUACA